CUAAGAAACAUGGCAAACUCAUUGGGUUCCUUCGUACUUUCAUGAAGUCUAGGCCCAGCAAACAGCGCCUGAAGCAGCGGGGGAUCCUGAGGGAGAGGGUCUUUGGCUGUGAUUUAGGGGAACACCUCAAAAACUCAGGCAGUGAUGUGCCCCAGGUAUUACGUUCUUGUUCCGAUUUCAUCGAAAAACACGGCAUCGUGGAUGGCAUUUACCGUCUCUCCGGUGUUUCCUCCAACAUCCAGCGUUUGCGGCAUGAAUUCGAUAGUGAGAGGGUACCUGAGCUCUCCAAAGAUGUUUACUUGCAAGACAUCCACUCGGUCAGCUCUCUCUGCAAGCUCUACUUCCGGGAAUUACCGAACCCUUUGCUCACCUAUCAGCUCUACAACAAAUUUGCAGACGCUGUCUCAGUUUCUGGGAAUGAAGAGCGCUUAGUGAGGGUACAUGAUGUCAUCCAACAAUUACCCCCACCGCACUACCGGACUCUGGAAUUCCUGCUACGGCAUCUGGCACGCAUGGCUAUGCACAGUCAAAACACCAGCAUGCACAUCCGCAACUUAGCCAUCGUUUGGGCACCCAACCUGCUGCGGUCGAUGGCUCUGGAGUCAGUCGCACAGUGUGGAGCCGAUGCCUUUCAGGAAGUCCGAGUUCAGUCCCUUGUGGUCGAAUUCCUCCUCACCAAUGUUCAGGUUCUCUUCAGCGACACCUUCACCUCCAUUGGCAAGGACAGCACAGGGCGUUGCUUCCUUUCUCGACCCAAGUCCCAGUUGGUCAGCUGCCCUUCCACCCGCUUGUUAUCUCUCGAAGAAGCCCAAGCACGCACCCAGGCCCUCUGCAAGAUCACCAAGCUGGAAGCCAGGCGUGGAUCUCCAGAUCCACAGGAUCAAGGGAAGCUCUCUGCUGUUUUGGGAUCACCUAAUACCAGGCAAAAGACAGAAAACAAUGGGAAGCUGCGGAAGAUAUCUGGACCUAGUUGGAAGACGUUCUUUGCCAUCGGCAAGGCCCCCGUUCCGUUCCGCAAAAAAUCACACCGAUUGGGAGAACUUUUUGGGCUUGGAGAAUCUUUACCAGGGAGCCGUGGUGAGACGGUCACCUUGCGAUCUGCCAAAAGUGAAGAAUCUUUAACAUCUCAGGCUAGUCUAACAGGUAAUGGGCCCCUUUUGUCUGUUGAACCCCUGUGAUUUUGCUCUUAUCAAAAUGGAUUGCAUGAACUUAAGGUGACCCUCACAGAAUAUUUCUUCAA